AUGGCCGCUAAUCCGAAUCAACUGCCAGGGACCCAGUCUUGCCCUCCGCCUGAAUUGCCUCAGCUUGUCGCAGAGCAACAUGUUCCGAUUCCCGCUCAUGAUAAGGACACUCAGCGUCUGAUCGUCGUCCUUUCCCAUGCCAGCUUGGAAACCUACCGCGCUUCAAGCGGCCGCAAUGGCUCGAGUCGCGACGAGAAGUAUUCGCUCCUCAACAGCGACGAGCAUAUUGGUGUCAUGCGCAAGAUGAACCGGGAUAUCAGUGAGGCUCGUCCAGACAUCACACAUCAGUGUCUGCUUACCCUGCUCGACUCCCCUGUGAACAAGGCUGGCAAGCUCCAAAUCUUCAUCCAUACCGCCAAAGGGGUCUUGAUCGAAGUCAACCCCUCUGUCCGCAUUCCCCGUACUUUCAAGCGCUUUGCUGGUUUGAUGGUGCAGCUUCUGCACCGUCUGUCCAUCCGCUCCACCAACUCCCAGGAGAAGCUCCUUAAGGUCAUCAAAAACCCCAUCACCGAUCAUCUGCCGCCCAAUUGCCGUAAAGUGACCCUGAGUUUCGAGGCUCCAGUCGUCCGGACCCGCGACUACAUCGAGUCCCUCGGCCCCAAGGAGAGUGUCUGUAUCUUCGUGGGUGCCAUGGCCAAGGGUCACGAUGACUUUGCCGAUUCCUUCAAGGACGACACGAUUAGUAUCAGCAAUUACAGUCUGAGUGCCAGUGUGGCCUGUAGCAAGUUCUGCCAUGCCGCUGAGGAGGUGUGGGACAUCGUCUGA